GGGACUUUCGAUUUCGGAAUUGAACACUGCAUCGAACCACCCUUGCAUCAGAAAAUGUCUUACCGCCCGGAAUGUCGGAAGUACAGGCAAUGGAAAAGGGAGCAGGCUAAAAAGGCGAGGAAUGAGGGGGAAAAGAGGAAGGAGAAAAAACGGAAAGAGAAAAAAGUGGUCGACUGCGUGGAUGAAGAGGAGGACGACAGCGCUCCGCCUGCAUCGCUGAAGGUCAAUUACCUUAAAUGCAAGAAAAAGAAGAUCCGGAGGAAAUCGAAGAAGCAGGCGGUGUAUGUACAGAAACGUGUUUCAGUGGCGGAGAUUGUUUUAAAAAGGAUUCAACCGUCCAUGGAAGUAAGAGAAUUACUUCUUAACCCCCGACACACUGGUUGCUUGCGGUCGAGUUUCUCGGAAAUCAACAUAGAAAUGGCUGAAAGCGCAAGAUCGCCAAAAAGGCGUAAAGGACGAAAAAGGGAGACAAAGAAAGAUGUGAAGGAUGAUAAAUCAAAACAAGAAGAAGGGAGAACAAAACAGGACACUAAGCCGAAAUUAAAGGACGAUGCAAGUGAAAGCAAAAGGAACGAAACAAUCAAGGCUGCAAGAACGAAGGAAAAAGGUAAAAAGAAUGGAAGGGAAAUGAUCGAAGACUCGGAUAAGGAAAUUUUCCUUGCAGUGCUGCACUUAAGAGAUGCAUUCCGUGUAAUAGGCGUCAAGUUAACCGCAGAGGAUAGGAAGAAAAUAAAGCAGCAUCAACGCGAAGUUGAAGAUGCAAAUGCGGAGGAGAAGAACGAUAAAGUCAAUUAG